GGGCGCACGGUCUCGCUCGGAAAAUGGUCUGCUGUCGGUCUCUGAGCGCCCCGCUGAACCUGUCGGGAUUGGAGUUGUCGGUGCGCGUCUGCGUCUCUUUCCCACCUCGCCCGUGCCGUCGGGGACAGUGAGAGAGACAUGGGUCUGUCCGUGGCGGCGCAGGCACCGCUCGAGGAGCCCCGGCGGCUGCGCCAGUGGAGCGGGACGGCGGGAGGCUGGCUCCGGAUCACCCUCGUCUCGUUCCUCGCCACUUUACCUGUGGAGCAGCUGCGCGCCUUCCCUUCCUCCCUCAGCGACUGCCAGACGCCGACCGGCUGGAACUGCUCCGGUUUUGAUGACCGGGACACGGACCUGUUCUUGUGCGACACCAACACAUGCAAGUUUGAUGGAGAGUGUCUAAGAAUCGGGAACAUGGUGACAUGCAUUUGCGACUUCAAGUGCAACAACGACUAUGCCCCAGUGUGUGGCUCCAACAAUCAGAACUACCAGAACGAGUGUUUCCUGCGCAGAGAUGCCUGCAAGCAACAGUCUGAAGUGCUUAUUAUGUCGGAGGGGGCCUGUCCUGCUGAUGCCGGCUCGGGAUCAGGAGAUGAUGGUGGAGAGGGCUCAGCUGAAGCCGGACAGAAGGAGACGUCCACCUGUGACAUUUGUCAGUUUGGGGCCGAGUGCGACGUGGACGCGGAGGAUGUUUGGUGUGUGUGCAACAUCGACUGCUCCCACAUCAGCUUCAACCCGGUGUGUGCCUCCGACGGUCGUUCCUAUGACAACCCCUGCCAGGUGAAGGAGGCGUCCUGUCAGAAACAGGAACGCAUCGAGGUCAAGUACCUGGGCCACUGCCAAGGUGACAUCAUAACCGGGAACAAAGGUGAUGGGCACUUUGCACGGACUGACCUCACAGAGGAGAAAGAGGAGUCGAGGAACGGGCUGGCUCGCGGCCUCUACAUCCCGUGUCCAGAUCACUACAAAAACUACUGCGUCCAUGGAGAGUGUCAGUUCCCCAGUAUGAUGGCCCAGCCCUCCUGCAGCUGUCACUCUGGUUUUAGGGGCCCCCAGUGUGAUAUCAAAGAGUACAACGUGCUCUAUGUGGUGCCAGGCUCUGGCAAACUGCACUACGUCCUCAUCGCCUCUAUCAUUGGAGCACUCCAGGUGGUUAUCAUCUGUGUGGUGGUGCUCUGCAUUACCAGGAAGUGCCCACGGACCAACAGGAUCAACCGGCAGAAGCAGAACAAUGUCCACUUCAGUUCAGAGAACACCAUGCGCGCCUCCACCCGACUUAUCUGAGCCCAGACACACCAGACAGAGUCCCCCAACACCCCCUCCACUUUACGGAGAGCCGUGGCGUUUGAUGUCCCCCCUCCCUCCCUCCCAUCCCUCCCUUGUUGUAGGCCAACCCUGAAGCUAAGGAUCUGCUUCCCCUCACUCCCCCGCCCUCUCUCCCAGUAUGAACUUCAAGAAUGCCCAGGGAGGACGGCGGCAGGGCGGAGACAGAGCUGGAGCACCAGUCAGCAGCGAGACUCACUCGUGGGGUAACGUCCUUAUCAGUCGCCACCGCCGCCGCCGACCCCCCUCCCGACUUCCCUCAAGCUGCCGAUGUGUCUCCUUGCACCUUGUCACUUCUGCCCAAGGGUUUUCUGAAAAACUGAACCGUGAGGUGUCCUGGAGGGGGGGGGGGCGCUGAGGAUACUGAAUGUGAGUGUGUGUGUGUGUGUGUGUGAAUGUGUAUUAGAUGUGUGAGCUUUGGUAGAGGCGAGGCUAGCCAGUGUCUGUUGUUUGUAGAUGAGGGGGGGUUAAAGCAAAUCGGGGUAGUGCAAAGCAGGGUAACGGGCUUUAAAAAUGAGGUGUGUAUUGUUCAGUCUGGGAGGGGGGUGGGCCGGGGGGGUCCGGGGCUACACGUGAUGCCUUGCACUUUGUGUUAUAGGAGACCUUUGACAGAGGGCACAAUGUUAUUAUAGAGCUCUCUGUUCGGUUGUGACGAUGACGUCAGCUACUGUAUCUUGGGUUCUAUUUCCAAUAGUUAUUACUACGUUGUCUUGAUGGGGUAAUUUUUCUGUAAAUGUAAAUAAAUAAUUUAUAUCACGAAAUGUAA